UUUGGACUCAGCAGAGAUCUAUUUGCAUGGCUCAAAAUGCCAUACUUUUUUAAAAUGCUACUCUUCCUGCUGUAAGUACAAAAAUUUGGAAUUGGAUCUACUAUGAAUAUGGUCAACAAAGAACACCCCAGAUUUGGCAAAAGAGGGGAAAUAUGGGGAUUUUUCAUCCUUUUGCUUUAUACCUGCCCUCAUUCCUGUUUUGCAAGCUUCAACCAAGCAAAAGAACUCAUCUAUAGAAUAAAGGAGGGAUUACCUAAGGACACUUUCAUAGGAGCCAUUGGAGUGGAUUUAAAUUUGGAUUUUACAGUUGACCCCCCCUAUUUGUUCAGUGUGGCUCAAAAGAGUCUCAGUGAACAGUAUGUGACACUCAAUAAUAUUACUGGAGAGUUUUCUACAUCUGCUACAGAGAUUGACAGGGAGACACUUUGCCCUGACAACCCAAACAGAUAUGGAUGUUUCCUUUCACUGGAUGUUUUUGUGCUUCCUCAGCAAUAUUUUCAGCUCAUCAAAGUUAAGAUGAUCAUUGAAGAUGUCAAUGAUAACAGACCAAAGUUCCCUGUGGAUGAGAUUCUUUUAUCGGUCCCGGAAAACACACCCAUUAAUGCUCGCUAUGCAGUAGAGCAGCCUGCAGUUGAUCCGGACCUGGGUCUUUAUGGAGUGCAGACCUACUGGCUUGUAAAUGACUUUGGUGUGUUCACGCUGGAUGUUGAAGAAAAUGAAGGAGGGGAGCUAACACCCUUUGUCAUUGUGACAGAAUUGUUGGACCGAGAAACACAAGCUGAGUACAUCACAGACAUUAUUGCAGAGGAUGGUGGCACCCCACCUCUGCUUGGUGCAGCCACUUUAAAAGUUGUCAUCUUGGAUGUAAAUGAUAACUGUCCCCAGUUCACAGACUCACACCUUAAUAUAACGCUGCAUGGGAACUCCACCAAAGGGACCCAUUUGGCACGUCUACAUGCUUUUGACCCUGACCUUGGUGCUAAUGCUCAGAUCAGCUAUGCUUACAGCGAGCGUGUGCCAAGGGAGACCAGGAGCUUGUUCCAUUUGGACAGGAGUACAGGAGUGAUCAAACUAGCAGGGAAAAUAGACACUAGUACUGCAUUACUUUACAAACUCACUGUACUGGCCAAUGGACCUGGUUGUAUUCCCGCUGUUGCCGCAGUUGCUAUUCAUUUGAUAAAGAUUCAAAUGGGGCCCCCUGCAGUCAUCCCUAGAUACAUCGCACAGGAAAAAGAUGGCGUGGUGACAUUAAAGGAAUCUGAGCCCGUAUUUACUCCUAUUGCUUUUUAUACUGUCACUAACAUCGAUGUUAGGCACAGGGUGAACUGCCAUUUAGAGAGUACAGGCCCUUUUAGGAUUGGGCCCUAUGAGCUCGUAACAAAUGAAUACCUGCUUGAAACUACAGAGGCAUUGGAUUAUGAAAUGACACAGGAGUACGAGAUCAUUGUAGUUGUUGAGAACAGUCACGGGCUUGUUAUCAAAACAUUCCUGAAAGUACAGAUUUUGGAUGAAAAUGACAAUGCUCCAGUCUUUCAGCAGUCUUUAGUGGAAAUAUCUAUUGAUGAGAACAAUCCGCCAAACACCUAUCUCACGCAGCUCCAUGCCACAGACCGGGACAGCGAUGCCCUAGGGGAGGUCAUCUUUCUCCUCGGAGGCGAUGCCCCUGGGAUCUUUGUAUUAGAUCAUGUGACAGGUAUCCUGAGCGUGACAACAUCAAUGGACCGUGAAGAGAAAGAAACAUACCGCUUCAUAGUGAGAGCAGUGGACCAGGGAACCCCAAGGAGGGAGUCAAUUGCCACUGUUGUGGUGACUGUGCAAGACCGCAAUGACAAUAGCCCACGCUUCAUCAACAAGGAUUUCACUUUUUUUGUGCCCGAGAACUUCCCAGGUUAUGGUGAGAUUGGGGUCCUAUCAGUAACAGAUGCUGACGCUGGAGAAAACGGAUGGGUAGCCCUCUCUAUCCUCAACGGUAGUGACAUCUUCAUAAUAGACACAGGCCGAGGAACACUAAGGGCCAAGACUUCCCUUGACCGAGAGCAACAGGGGACAUAUCAGUUGUGGAUUAAGGCCGUAGACGGUGGGGAACCUAUGCUCUCCUCUGUAACCAUGGUGACUGUGCUUCUGUUGGAUGUAAAUGACAAUCCACCAAUUGUCCUCUUUCCUCAGUCCAAUCAGUCCUACAUGUUGGUUCUACCCAACACCUUGCCAGGAACAUCCAUCACUGAAGUUUAUGCUGUGGAUAACGAUACAGGGAUGAAUGCUGUGAUUGCAUAUAGUAUAAUUAAAAGGAAGGGAGGGGAACCUGGAUUUUUUUCCAUCGACCCAGAAACGGGAAAUAUUACAUUAGAGAGGGAACUCAACAACCGAGGUCUCCACAGCCUUUUAGUAAAGGUCAGUGAUCAUGGUCAGCCGGAGCCGCUUUACUCAACAGUCAUUGUUAACUUAUUUGUGAAUGAAACAGUGAGCAAUGAAAGCUAUAUUCAGAGUUUGCUAACAAGAGAAGCUGACAUUGAAAUAGAGGAGAGACCCUGGCAGAUUGGCCAAUUGCAGGAGGGACCUGAGCGGUAUGACAUGUUUCCAUGUAAACCAGCACUCGUUACCCUUUCCGUGACAUGCCUCGGGCUGUUUUUUUCUCUUGUUACAUUGACUGCUUGCAUAUGCUUAAAAAGAUUCCAGAAGCAAAAGACAAAAUCAGAUUGUGAGUUACCUUUGAAAAUGAAGAAAGACUCUAUGCACGUCACUAACAGAAAGUUAAGGCGUGCCUCAAACAUUUGAUUUCUUAUCCACACCUCUGUUUUUGCAUUAAUGUUUACCAGACACUGUGAGAAGUUGAAAAAAUGUGUUCUAGUCAUUCUGAAUAUAUGAUCAUUUUUAAGCAUUCGUCAUUAAUGGAAAUACAUUUAUUUUAUGGACUCACAGACCUCUUCUUUAGGACCACAAUGUCCUCCAACAAAUCAAAUUAGUGCUUAUUCAAGAUGUUAUUUUUUUAAAGGUCUAUAUAUAAUACAGUACAUAAUAUUACAAGAUUAUUUAGUAUUGUUGCAAUGGUGUCAAAGUGCACUACAUUAAACUGAGAAGUAUUUAUUGCAUUUCAUCUAUCUGAUGCAAGUAAGCAUGAUUACAGUGUACUGUUGAAAACUACAAUAUAAUAUUUGGAUAUAUGUCUUUUGUUGAAUCUCAGUCUCCUUCAAUUGUGCAAGUCAACAACGACAACAACAAAAAAUAUGCUCCAUGAGUGUACAUCCACUAGUGACCGCUCACGAUUUGAUUUUCCUUUCAACAUGGGUGAAUUCAAACACUUUUUUGUCAAAGGAAUGGACCAUGAAGUAAAUUGAGGCAUCUAUAACAUGAGAUAUGCUUUGAAAAUGAUUUAAUUAUGCGCAUAGUGUACUUUUUUAAAAACUUUUUUUUAAUAUAAAGUACAUACUGUAUUUGUUCUAUAUAUAUACUGUAAGUAAAGGCUAAUACUGAUUUAGAUUUUUAUUGUAAACCUGCAUUAAUGUAAUACUUGGCACAAAAGGUAAAACCAAAUCACAAAAAAUACACAUUAAUAUGAAUGUAAACCAUUUUUUAAUGCCUCCCCCUCUCCCCCUUGACAGUUGUAUUAUUUAUUUUAGAAGCACCAGACAAAUGGACAAGCAGAUAUAGAUAAAGGAAAACUAACCGUUCAUAGAUCUGUGUUCAAACAAAAGAUUGAGAGCGAUCCUACAUAUCACUAUUUAUCAUAGGUCAUAAGUGAUCAUUUUUUCAUUCAUGCUAGAUUUGGGGAAUACUUUUGAAAACUUUUUUAAAUAUGUGCAUGAGGGCUUUGAUCCAGCCAUUUCAUAAUGAGGACUGACCGAACAGCAUCUAGAUUUGCUUGUACACAUUUCAUCCCUCAGUCAAGAGGCCUCUCUCUGAGGUUUUUGUUUUUUACAGUUAAACCAGUUAUGUCAGUUCAGUCAGCGCACCUUGGUUUGCAAGAUGCUUUUUAUAUUGUCACAGGUGUCAUCUUAUAAUGCCAUAGAGGACACUGAUGCAUUCUGUUUGUCUGUGUUGUUUUUAAUAUAAAUCCCCCUCAACCAAUGUGCAUUUCUUAAUGUGUCUGUAAGAUUUUACGAAGUGCUUGUGACAAAGAAAAUAUUAAAGUACAUUAUUUUAUUAUACAUUUCAAAUUGGAUAUAUAUUUAGUUAUUUUAGUUUUGCUUUAAUAGCCAAAACCACAAAACAUCAACGAGACCACAGAUUUCGCUUCAAAAACCCUAAACACAAAUAACGUGGUUAGAAAACUAAAGAUGAAAAUCCGGUUUGGCUGUAAUCACCUGCAAAGGUGAAAGCUUGGGCGUUCACAUCCAGUCAUGUUUAGAAAGACAAACAAACACACACAUUUUCUAUUCUUGACUCUUUCUAUAUAUACAGAUAUAUGUACAUAUAUCUUGUGUUCUCACAAAAUAUGAAUGGAAUGUUAAUAUUUAUAUAUUAGAUUUAGGACUGUAAUUAAAUACCUCACCUGUACCGUCCUCACCUAAAGGAGCUCAAUUAUAUCACGGAUCUUGUUUAGCUUGCUUGGGUUUGGCUCGAACAACAACGAAAUAAAUAUGCAAACAAACCAGUGCUAAGAAUGUAUUCACACACAUCUCGCGUCACAAGUAACGAACAGAUUUGCAGCACCGCCAGUGCAUGUUAUGAAGCUGAAGCACAGUGCACAUCAGGAGCAGCUCAGUGUAAUCCUUCGUAAUCACCUCUGGUCAUCCUGUACAUUUCACAAUUGGGCUGAGGUUUGAUGUUCAUUUGACACAGAAGUACUCCUAAAGUGGGUUUUAAAAAAUAGAGGAGUGUCACUCUAUAGACUUAAAGAAGGUUGAACCAAAAAAAAAAAAAAUUGAACACCUUUCCAGAUGAACUCUGAAAAGAUACUGAACAGAGCUAGCUUUCAAAUAGUGUUUGUGCAUUGACAAUUUUCAUGAGAGUAACAGAUAAUAGAACUAUGCAAAACGUCCUUGUUUUUUUCUGGUUUGUGGUUUAAAAGUGCAGACCUGUAAGAGUAAAGCUUCACAGUGAAAAAUUGAAUGUUUUAAAUGUGAUGACUAAGAAUUAUGGAAUGCAAAAACACUGAGUUUUAAAAGCCUGCUUUCUUCCUAGUGUCCUUAGCUGCUUUCAGACAUAAUACCGUAUACUGAGAAUUUACACGACUGUUGACUUUCAGGCAUAGGGAAAUUUACUUUACCAGCUUGGCAGCAUUGAUACUAGCUGGAAAUAUACUGUAGUAGUACUUACUCAGCAGCUUUCACAUGCAACAUACGACUCGGGCAUGACUACAUGCCUGUUUACUUUUUUAGAUUCCAUUGCAGAAAUAGUUCAUUUACUGUACCGAUCAGACCCAAUUUUUUAACAAGAGAUCAACAAACACCUGGACAACGAAACCUUCUCUAUAACAUUUAUUUAAAAUAAUAAUGAUAAUACCAAAAAAAAAAAACACGAAAAAAAAAAGCUAUGAACACUUGUACUGCCGUUGCUAAGCAAUAGAGUCCCGUGCCAUCCCAUUCAAAAGUUAAAAAUCUAUUCCUAAACUCUAAACACGACGGACCAUUGUCAGAUCUACUUUGUUUAGUUCUUUGUUUGCUGCUUGCCUAAGGUUAAUUCAUGUUAGGGCAGUCUUUCUCAAAUAGUGGGUUGUGCCCCCUAGGGAGGUAUUGAACAUCGGGGAACAUGCUCUCAUUUUCAGAAUUUGUGCAGUAUUUGUGCUCCAGACAAGUGCACGCAGUAAAGACACCAUGAAAAAAUAUUUGACAGGGAUUUCAGCGAUGUCUCCCGUUAGCUAAAUCGAGGAAAUAUGACAAAGUGUAUGUAGCGUUUGGCUUCACUUUUAAUUCAGUGAGAAACAAGGAAAGAUGUAUGUUUACUGUGUCUAAAAAUGUUGGCAGCGGAAUGCAUGAAGCCAAAUCGAUAAAGACUUCACUUCAAGACAGACCCCAAUCACAUUGAUAAGCCGCUUAUUUUUUUUUAUUGAAAACGUGCCAACAAUCAAACAGACAAACAAUAUUGCCAACAAUCGUCCCACUUUGUGAAUGCUACAUCAGUAAACCAGUGAGCACUGCUGGCAUCAUAUAAGGUGGCAUACCAAUUUGCUCAGUGCAAAAAACCCACACCACAGCAAAGAAGCUAAUACUGCCAGUAGCAUUGGACAUGGUCUCGGUCAUGCUGGACGAUACAAGUGCUGUCAAAAUAAAAACUGUCCCUAUGUCGAAUGACACUGUCCUUUUUGUUUUAUUAACUUUUGUUUUUUCAGGCAAAUUGUUCUGUAUAAUGAGCUUUGAGUUAAUGUUGCUAAUCAGUUUGAUUUUAUUAUUAUUUAUUGAUUUUUUUUAUUUUAUUUUAUUUUUCAGUAUAAAAUGGUCAAAAAAUGUACAUUUGAUGUAUUUUUACAUUAUGGAUUGACUUUUUUUAUUCAGGCAUAUUGAUGCGCUUUAAGUCUUUUCUUUUACAAACAAAAAAUUGUGAAUAAAGUUAUACUUUAUUGUAAGUUGAUCUAUAAUACUUUUUUCUUUAAUAUGCAAGGACAAAACGUUAUGUAGAGAUGUACUUAUAAUAAUUUUAUAGACAAAUUAUACUAUUUACAGUGGCGGCAAAAUGUUGUGGCAGGGGCGCUGGAAGUCACUCACAGCAGGGGGUGCUGAGGAUCUUAUUUAGUUUUUUCCCAAAUUUGUCAUGCUCGCGCUUUUUCUCCAUACAAGGGGUGCGCAGUGGCAGUACACACACAUGCUGAAUAGUUUACAUACUACUACAAGGCUAUUACAGGGACAGCGCUCUAUUUCACCUACAGUGUUGGGAGUUUUUGUAUUGGAAAUGAAAGCACACGUGUAUUAUAAUGCAAAUCCCUGUAGAUAGAUGGCGCAAUGACGCGUAAACACAUUUGAAAACUAAAAGGUCCAAUAAGCCUCGGUUUAACAACCACUUUUUACUUUUUUUUUUGUUUGUUUUUGUUAACCUGCCCUGUUCAGCUGUUAGACAUGGAAAAUGGAAGUCUAAGUGUCCGGUUGAUCUGAACAGUUUUAAUGUUUCAUAUUGAGAGUAUGACAUACUCCCAUUGUGAUCAUUCAACAUAUCUCGUUUAUUAUGACAAAGCAGCGAACAAGAAGGGACUAUGGGGGAGCAGAAGAAAAGAAAAGAACACAAGAAAAGAAAGAAAAGAAACACAAACAACAACAAGAAAUACAUUGCACGUCUACACUAUGAAUAUGUUGGUGCUAUCGUCAGCUAGAUGUAUUUCCGGUUGACACCAUGUGGGGGGCCUGUUGACCAGGGAAAAAAGGGCAAGGGGCUGGGGGAGUGUAUAGGAUAAGUGAUUGGAAGGGGUGUAGUGUACACAAAUCAGUUCUGUGAUCUACAAACCAGUAAUCGUGUGAAUCCCUUGUGAGUGUAAGCUCGUCGUCAACAGACCCUACGCUGCCCCAUCGCUAAUCCUGGCACUGAGGCCACCGACUAGAGCGCGCCCAAGCACAUAUAGCCGCGCGCGAGCCCCACCAAACACGUGACAGCCACGCAGACGGGUGGAGACGCCGCCCACAUUUUAUAACACUCAAAUAAAUUGCACACCAAUAUCCAACAGCGCUCUGCAAGGGAAGCAGCUCAACAGCAACAACAAACAAUAAUGCGGCUACAAGUUAUUUGAAGUUCUCCACGGUCUAAAGCUGCAGCUAACUUUUCCUCGUUCGGCACUAUUGUAAACUAUCAUACCUUCAUUUUUGACCUCAUAUUGAAUUUUAGAAAAGUUCACCGGUUUUGUGAAGAAAAAAAAUCGCUAAUUCGUUUUUGAGCCAUGUUAACGCCUCCUCUCUCAACAGUUGACUUUUCCCUUCCAAUAGCGCCUUAUCCAAUGUGACCUGGUAGCAAGAGGGGUGUCAGGUGGUGACCAUGUUAUUAAGAAAACACGUUUUUCUACAUAUAUAUUUAAUCCCCCGAAUUAAAUGUGCCAUUGUUUCAAUAUGUUUUAUUUAUUGAUUUAUUUUUAACAACAACAACAAAAUACCAAAACACAGUUUUUUUCCCCCAAUACUCAGCACCUCAUUUCCCACGCCAGUGGUUGGGGCUUGACACAAAACAUUUAUUUCUUCCUUUGGGGUGCCUUGACGGAAAAUAAUUGAGAAGCACUGUCUUAGGGGGAAGAAAAAGGAUUAUUGUAGUGCUGCACGGUCUACGUCAUCAACCUCUGCGAAGCAUAUCGUUACCUGCUGCAUUCAGACAUAGUGCGAGCUGGUAAUGUACCUGACUUUUGACUUGGUCACGAGCCAAUAAAGUUCUGGCUAAUGUGUUGCGCCAGCUGAGGUAGCAAACUGCAUUUACACUUGGUGCAUGCCGAGUAAAUCCCGGUACAUUACCGGACUUAUUCGUGGAUCUGAAAAGGGUUUCAUUUUAUAAAGUAAAAAUGGAAUAACGCCUUAAUUGCCAACUUCAUCUAACAAGGAAAUAUUUUGUUUGGCACAAUUUCCUAAUUUAACUACAAAAAUGAAACAGAUUCAACAGUUAACCAGAUAAUCUGCGAUAGCCUCUUUGAAAAGACAUUUGGCAAAGGGUCAAAGCUUUCAAGAUUAUUUUAGUUUCUUCACACUUUCCACAUGCUUCUACAUACAGCCAGCAGGUGCACCUCAUUAGGACCAAUGCAAUGUACUGUUAUAUUGGAGAAAUUAAAAGGAGAAUGACUACAUCGCUAAAUGUAGCCCUACAGUGGGAAUAUUUAUACUGGAAACCAAACAAGCAAGGAGAGUCCAUUACACAAACAAUACAUUAUGUUGAAUUUAUUGGAAAAUCGUCAAAAAUCUGUGAACACAACACUAAAACAUAGCCACCCCACCCAUUUUUCCCACCCAGAAAAAAAAUUGCACUUUGCGAUUCAGUCAACACUCAUUGUGUCAUUUAAUCAACAAAAUAAAUAAAAAUGGUAUGAUUCAAAACUGUGUUGGUGUAAAAUUUGCAGGUUGAGCAGGCGUGAAAGGAGGUAAGUGGUUUUGACCCAACUGCAAGUAAGUAGAGAGGCAAGGCAGGGGGCAGGUAUGAAAUAAAAUUAACUUAUUUUCAAAUAAAUUCUAAACAGCAGAGAUAUGUAGUGCCAUGCCAAUGAAUUGGUGCAUGCAUCAAGCUCACCGGGUGAAGUCUCGUCUCAGUGCACGUACCGCUUUUAGAAAAAUUCACCUGACCGAUGCUGUCGCUGAAUCGUUUGCAAAGCGAGCUUUCAAACUGUCAAGAGUAUAUAGGAAGCACAUCUGCCAGCCGCCAUAGGGAUGGAUCGUAUCAAAACUAAAACUUCUUGCGACAAACAAUCUUGCUAUUUUUAAUAUGACAAAGAGUCCCUGCCCUUCGUCAUAAAUUCAAGUGUGUUAUAUGGAGCCUCAAACAGGUUGAAAAAGGGAUGUGGUAAAACAGGCGCAGUGUGCAGCUGUGUGACCUCUCAUCUCCUCCUUCUGUAAUGAUUUUAACUAGCAGGCAUCUUCAGACCAUGCAGAAUAUGAUGCACAGUCAGAAAACACAAUGGGGACCUGACUUUGCUUUGGGUCUUAAACUCUGUGUCCUUAAGGAUAAGUAGUCUCAACGGAUCGUGGUGGUUAUUGGAAAACACAUUUGCACACCCAGAUGGUACCCACAUAACACUGGUUUCUCGAAAAGCUUUUCUGUUCAUACAUCCCCCCCCCAAAAAAAAAAUCUGCAAAUGCCCCUAUGACAAACCCCCAACCACCCCUAUGCCAUGUCUCUGUCCAUCUGUCUCUCCAGCAAUGCCCAUCUGAAAUUACAUUAAAUAGUUAAUGAUGUAGACAGACAGUAAUAACUGUACUGUAUUAUCCGUCACAGCAGGAUCCCAUUUGAGAUUGAUUUGAUAAUAAAUCUUCAGGCAUGAAAUUAAACAAAUAAGUUUAAUGAACAGGCCCAUAUUUGGUUGCACCUGUUGUAAUGAAGAGUCAAGGUUACAUAUCCAAAAUUAUGACAUCGAAUAUGGUCCCACUCCUCAGAAAAUAUACACAUACAAAUGCACACUUGAAUACGCACACACAUCACAUGUGCUCAUCAGUCUUAUUACAUUAUGUAGGAUAUUUUGGGGUAAUUUUGUUAUUGUCGUUAAAAUGAGCUCAAUAAAUAAUUAUGAAAUUGGACUUAAUAUGUACCAUUUGUGCUCCGUACCAUAGCCCCACGAUGAAUAAUUUCCUUAACUUCUCAUUUUUAUUUUGUGAGUUUAAUGAGUUACAAUAUAUCCUAAACCCACGCACAGAUGCUUAACACACUUUUUUCCACUUUGAUUUGUGAACUUUCCUUUGUGAUUCAUUCAUUCUUUUUCCCUAGCACUAAUAGAGUCAAAACUUAAAUUAUUCAUGUAUGAUGAUGAGAUUUACCAACAGUAUUUUUUUUUUCUUUGUCAUUUCCUGCAAAAUCUGUUUAUAUAAUCAAUGAUCUGAUCAUUGUCAUUUCAUGACUCUAAGGUGCACCUGACUCUUAGCUGCACCUACAAAAUUUGUAGUAUUUGUAUUUGUUCUUGUCAUUGUUGUCGUGUUGUUUUUUUCAACGUUCAUGGCCACAACUAGCAUCUUAUUGCAUGGACAUUACGGCACUAACAUUAAGAUGUCACUUUUCUCGACACAACAGUUGUUCCUUAAUUUGGUGAUGUAUGCACGUACAGUGGGGGACGCAUUACCGCACGAACGAUGAAGCAAGGACAGGGGUGUUAAAAAAGGUAGCAAUUAUUAUUAUAGUUUAUUUCAAUGAAGGAGAGGAACAUCAAAGUGAAAUGCAUUCUAUUACUGGGUGACAAGCAAAUGCCCAUUUUAGCUUAAUCCAUGAGUACUUUAUCUAAGCACCAGACAAGUGAACCUGACACCAUCAAACAUGUGGGUAAAGAUCAUGCACACUCAGAAGUCGAUGUUUCAACUAGUGAACGACCCACACCUCCAAAUCAAACUAAGCUUCCAUCAAGCUUGGCAACAGAAUAGGUAACAAGAAAUUAACAAAACAGUUGCAGGCUACAUCAUUACACAUGCCUCCCCAAUCCACGAUUGAAUCAACAUAAUUCAGAAAUAUUACAGAUAACUAUUAGUCGCACCCACCAAAUUAGCCUAUAAAAACCAUAAAUUAACACCACUGGAGUUUGGACUAUAAACGGGGUAUGAGUGAGUAGUAGUUUAUAGUCAGAAAAUUACAGUACUUGAGUUUAGGAGAGGAAGGUAUUAUUUAGUUUGUUCAUUUUUGUCUUCACUAUAUUUUAAUAAUUCGUUUUUUGGAUCAUUUUUGUUGUGUUUUGUUUUAGUUAGUAUUUUCUUAACUCACAACUUGUGUUUAUCCUUGGCCACCUUUUCUGUUAUGAAGAGAUUACUGAGGUGUUUUAUAAAAUGGCUAGUUAGGACAAAUUCCUAACUGUUUGAAGCUAAAUAAAAAAAACUUUGUUUUACAAAGUAUCUGUUCUUUUGCAUGUCACAUGUGUAAUGCUGUGAAUGCUUGGAAUGUGUAAAUGUCAACAAAAGCCAAACUGACAGGAAAGUACAGGAAAGAGACACUGAGGCUAAUAAACCAUUGUUGCCCUUUUCCAUCUGACCCCACCGUGGAGAAAUAAUAAGAAAUGAGCCGUUUAUGGUCUGACUGUGGCUGAAUUGUUGAAUCACCCCAAGAUUAACGUGCCAGCAGAGUACUGCUUGUUAAUAUUAACCACUCAUGCAUACCAGGAAGAUUUUCUCUUUGCCAAGAGGAACUAAGUCUGUGUACCACAUUUGGCAAAGAAAAAGUGCAGUAGAUUUUUUUAGGAAUAAUUUGAAAACCUCAGUUUGUAAUUAUUUUCCUCAUAGCACAUUUGACCCUUUCUGAGUGUUGACUGGCAAUAGUUUAAUUAAAUAAUCAUGUUUGCGUCUGCAAGUGAGAAAUUCGAAAACGGAAAACAGAAAGGUCAGUUGAGAGACAGAGAUAAACACAGUUGUAGGAUUAGUGCUUUUUUUUUUUUUUUUUUUUAACUUUUAUUUGUAUGAAUCUACUUUACGUUAUGAUUUCAUUUGUAGUAAGCUAGUAAGCUAGUAG